AUGGCUACAUCUUCUCCAUCAACACAUCGUUCAAAACCAAAAAUUGUUUACGAUAAACAAUUUCAAAUGACUAUACCCAAACUUAAAUUACUUUUAAAAAAGAUUUUUAUUUUUCACGCAACUUUAAUUAUUGGAAUUUGUGAAAUCAAACUUAUUGGGAAUUUUUGUGCAAAUCGAUUAAUUGGUUAUAGACAAGGAAAUCUUCGACGUUUUGCUUCAAUUAUAGCUUUGGAAUGGGCAAUGCUACAUUUGGAUUUGCCUAUAUAUUUACAUUUAUUUUCUGUUUUUAAUUCAAAAUUGAAUGUUUUACGUUAUAAAAAUGAGAAGCUUCGAAUCUACUGCUUAAUUGGAUUUGUUCUGUUACUUUUAAUGGCCCACUUAACCUAUCUAUUUUAUGUUGUUGAAUCGUUUGAAGUUAAUUCCUUUAUUUAUGAUCUAUCUGCAAUUUGUAAUGGAAUUUGGAUUCAUUUAUGUUUAUUUUGCUAUGGUUUUAUGGCUUACAAUUUUGGAAUGAGAAUGCUUUCGGCUUUUGUUUCUGGUCGAAAACUUUUGGAUAAAUUAUUUUCAAUUCAAUUUAUUAAAUUUAUAACUUUAAAUCGAAAAUUUCAAGUCGGGCUAACUUUGGUGUUGACAGCUUUACUUUCUUCUACUCAUUGGUAUUCUAGUGAUAAAUUAAUUAUAAGGCAUCAACAAAUUAAUCUUCCUCGUCAUACUUCUACAAAAAAUUCUUUGAAGGUAGCUGUACUCACAGAUUUACAUGCUGGAGCAGCUGUAUAUGCUGAACAAAUUGCUAAAGCAGUUGAAAAUGUAAAUAAAAUUAAAGAUUUGGAUGCUGUUUUUCUUAUAGGCGAUAUAAUCGACGCUCCACGUGACUUAAUUGAAGAAAGAGUUGAAUCUUUGAGACAUUUACGCUCUCAUUUUGGAACAUUUUAUGUGACUGGAAAUCAUGAAUAUUAUUAUGGAAAUGUGAAUGAAUGGUUUGAAUUAUUUGAAUCUUAUGGAAUUACAAUAUUGAAAAAUAGAGCAGUAAAUUUAAAAGGAUUUUGUUUGGUUGGAUUAAAUGAUAUUUACAGUGAGGAGAGCGGAAUUCAUAAUCACGAAAUGGACGUUACUGCAAUUAAAGCAUGCCCUUUAAAUGAAACAACAAUUGUUUUGGAACACAAUCCUUCUGCCACAAAACAAAUUUUGGCCUUUUCUGAAAACUUUUCACACCCAGUUGAUUUAAUUUUGUCAGGCCAUACCCACGCCGGUCAAUUUCUCAUAGUUGCGCCUCUUGCCCGUUUAUUCUUGCCAUAUUUUUAUGGCCACUAUUUUUUAAAUAAUGAAGCGACACAAUUAUUUGUUUCUGCUGGAACUUUAUUUCAAAAUGCUCCAAUGAAGACACCUUUUAUGUCUGAAAUUUGGAUUUUGGAAAUUAGACCUUUUAAAAAUUGA